AUGAAAAGUCUAUCAUAUAGUCAAAUAGCUCAAAUAUCUUCAGAGGAAUUGAAAGAACUAAAAGAGUAUGAGAAAAAGAAGGAGUUGUAUAGUAAAGAAUAUGUUACUCAGAGUAUUAACUUUGCUGUCAGUAAAGAAAAUAAAAAAUUCACUUUCUUAAAUAUUUAUGAGAUUUUUUACUGCUAUUUAGCAAUAAUACUUGCAAGGGAUAAAGAGAUAGUUGCAGUAUGGUUAAAAAUUUUACAAGGUCGCUGUGAAAUUUAUCUUUCUAAAAACUCUGAUUGGCUUAACAAAGAUAUUAGAUAUAUUGAUAAUAUUACAAAAUAUCUGAAAAAUAUAUCAAAAAAUGCUCCUGUGAUAUCAAAAGAUAACGAAAGGGAUUUUCUUGAGGUUGUAACGAUUAACUGCUCUAUUAAACUUAAGUCUAGAUUGAAAAAACUUCAGGAUGAUAUUGAAUUAUAUGGUGAUAAUAAACAUAUUAAAUCUUUCAGUGAUUUUCUUUCAGUUAGAGUUGUUAUGGUUGGCAAUGCAGAUAAUACAAAUAUUAUCACAAUAUCUGGAAUUUGUAAAGAGUAUUAUAAAAAAGUAAAAAAAGCUAAAGUUGAGUCUAAUAUCCCCUCAAAAUUUUUAAGACAUAUUAAAAAAGUGGCAUUUUAUAUGGAUUCUGCUAUAGAAAAUCUUGAUCAAAUCAUAGAGAAAAAAUUAGAAUCCUAUACCAAUAGUUUGCCAUCAGAUUCUAGUGAUGGUCAAUAUAUAUAUGGAUAUAUUAAAGGUUUUAGCAGUUUACCUGAUAAUAGCUUUAAUUUAUUUUCUUAA